AUUUUUGUCUGUACAUUAUUAUAUACCUAAAUAAAUUGCCCGUCUUAGUAUGAAUCUAAGUUAUAUUUAUUCAAUUUAUUUCAAUUUAUAAGGUGUUUUAUAAUCAGCAAUGUCUUUUCGUUUUAAUUUUUCAUGUAAUGACGAUCACAAAAUCGAGCGCAACACUAAUUUAAUUGAAACAAAUACUAAAAAAGUUCAAUGGCUGGAAAGUGAAGAGAUAACUGUCGACACCCAAAUAGAACAACUGGACAGUAUGGUGCAGCACGCGAAAAUGUUUAUAUGUGGCGAUAACAUAGAAAUUGGCCAUGUUGUGGCUAAUGAAGCUGUCGCCAAUAUCAUAUCUGAAGAUGGAGUACAAAAUGGCACAGAACUAGCAGAAAGUAAUCACAGUGACUUGAUCACUGGUAAAUAUGAAGGAGGCUUAAAAAUAUGGGAAGGUACUACUGAUUUAAUAGAAUAUCUAAUAGAAAGUGUAAAUAAAAAUCAAUGGAAAGAAGCAAAUGUCUUAGAUUUAGGAUGUGGUGCUGGUAUUUUGGGAAUUUAUAGUCUUUUAAAUGGAGCAUAUACUACAUUUCAGGACUAUAAUAAAGAGGUUAUUAAAUAUGUUACAAUACCUAAUGUAUUAUUAAAUCUAGAAGAUGACAGUGAAAUGUGCAUAACUAGAUGCAAAUUUUACUGUGGAGACUGGUCUUCGUUUAAUAAAAAACUUGAUAAUUCUAAACCUUAUGAUAUAAUUUUAACAUCAGAAACUAUUUACAAUGAAGAAAAUUAUGACAAACUAAUUGAAAUAUUUUUACAAAGACUAAGUAAAAAUGGAUCAGCAUAUGUUGCAGCAAAAACAUGUUAUUUUGGUGUGGGUGGUGGAACAAGGCAAUUUGAGAAGAGAAUUGAAAAAUGUGGAUCAUUAAAAUCUGAAGUGUGUUGGAAGAGUACAGGAGGUAUUCAACGAGAAAUAUUAAAAAUAACUCAUACAUCACAACAAUAAAACUUUAUUACUACAAACAACUGUUACUUGGAAGACCUGUUUUCUAUAGUUAGAUAAAAUAUAACACAAGUCACCUCAUUAUGGAGACAAUCUCUCAUAAACCCAGCCAUCUUCCCCUUUAUGUAAGAGUUUCUCAUCUGGCACUUCUCCUUCUUUUAAUUUUCUGAAUUUAAUCCUAUCAUGGAGUCGAUCACGUUGACCCUGCCAAAAUUCUACAGACACAGGUCGAAUUAUGUAUCCACCC